GUCAUCGCCAGGCGCCUCGGUGGGAAGCUCAGUAAAAACAAAAGAACAGCACCUACCAUCUCUACUCUCUGGCAUCUACCUUUGAGAAGAGAAGCUUGUUGACUUGAUACCUGAGUGGAGAUAGUGGCACUUAGCUACUUCCAGAGUUACCUGGGUCAUUAUGGCAGUCAAGUGGACUGGUGGACAUUCUUCUCCUAUUCUCUGCCUGAAUGCAAGUCAAGAAGGGCUAGUGGCUUCUGGAGCAGAAGGUGGAGAUCUCGUGGUUUGGGGUGAAGAUGGGACUCUUUUAGGACACACGUGCUUCCAAGGGGCAGAGGAUGUUACCAACGUCUUAUUUUCUCCAUCCUGCCCCACCAAACUCUAUGCCUCACAUGGAGAAACCAUUAGCAUACUGGAUGUCAGGUCUCUGAAAGAACGCUUGGACGAUUUUCAUGUGAAUGAAGAAGAAAUCAACUGUCUUUCAUUGAAUGAAACUGAAAACCUGCUGGCUUCUGCUGAUGACUCUGGAGCAAUCAAAAUCCUAGACCUGGAAAAUAAGAAAAUUAGCAGAUCACUGAAGAGACAUUCCAAUAUCUGUUCCUCUGUAGCUUUUCGACCUCAAAGGCCUCAGAGCCUGGUGUCAUGUGGACUGGAUAUGCAGGUGAUGCUGUGGAACCUUCGGAAAGCCCGGCCACUCUGGAUUACAAAUUUACAGGAGGAUGAAACAGAAGAAAUGGAAAGUCCACAAUCACCUGGUCAGCUUUUAAACCCUGCCUUAGCCCACUCUGUGUCUGUGGCAUCGUGUGGCAAUGUUUUUAGUUGCGGUGCAGAAGAUGGUAAGGUUCGAAUCUUUAGGGUGAUGGGAGUCAAGUGUGAACAGGAACUGGGAUUUAAGGGCCAUACUUUAGGAGUUUCUCAAGUCUGCUUUCUGCAAGAAUCCUAUUUGCUGCUUACUGGAGGGAAUGAUGGAAAGAUAAAGCUGUGGGAUGUAAGCAGUGAAAUUGAAAAAAAACAUAAGAGUCCAACCAAACAUACUCACAGGAAGAAAACCAAACGGGCAACUUACACCAAGCAAGGUGGAAACACUCAUGCUUCAGUAACAGGUGAAGAUGAACAUGGCAAAAUUUUACCAAAGUUAAGUAUUGAACAUGGAGAAAAAGUGAACUGGCUCUUAAGUACAAAAGUAAAGGGGUACCAAAAUAUAUUGGUAGCUGAUCAAACUAGUUGUAUAUCAGUGUAUCCCUUAAAAGAAUUUUAA